GGCAGCAGAAUCUAUUUUCAAGGAACCUUGUUUGUUUAAUCAUAUCACAAGCCUCCAAAAGUCACAUUACACAAACCCUCUUACAGUUAGUUUGGAGAGCCUCAUUCAGAAAAGUGAUCAGCAUUAUAUUAGAACCUGUCUUUACAAACAUUAUUGUUAUUUUCAUAAGUUAACGCAACUGCUACAAUAAUAUGAUGGAGUUGAAUUUCAAGUCUUUAGCGGAUGCUGAGGUAGAAGAAACUAUGCGCUUUGAAAAGUCUCUUCAGGAGCUGAGAGAACUAAGGUCUGAGCUACACAAAGCUGCAGAAUACUGUGAAACUAAGUUCUCGCAAAGCGAAGACAAGAGUGAUGUGGUGGACAACACAAAAGAGUACAUAUGCAGGACCAUGGUCACUGUUGUUGAUCAUCUUGGAAACGUUUCUGCCAAUCUUGAUGGCCUUAUUUCUCAUACAAAUGCAUUUUCUGAAGCUGAGUUACGAAUCCAAUGCCUACAACAAAGACUUCUCUCUUGUGAACAAUAUGCUCGUAAAUUGGCCCUCGCAAAAUUGCAAUGGAAUGAGAAUUCGCUUAGAUUUCAUCCUCGUUAUUUAUCAACACCUCCCCUUGAGACAUCAAGCAGUAAAAAAGUAAUAAGAGAUUCUGAAAGUCAAGUUCCUUUAAAGUUAGAAGAUAAAGACGCACCGGAAACAUAUGAGGAUUUGCCACUCUUUAUGUACACCCAUAAGCCACCAGUUCAGAAUUUGAAGCCAACCACAGCCACACUUAACGGACACAUCAAUUUGGCCAUGGUGGCACCUGUUAAGGACGGUUUGUCAUUCUUAACAAAAGUUUCAAAUCCUUUCCAUUUCCAAAGUACCCAGAAGGUUGGACACCACAGAAGAUCCUUAUAUGGUAGUGACAUCUUAUGGCUCUUACGGCGUUCAAAACGAGCACAACGAAAAAACUAGACUACGAGAAUCUAUUAAUUUGCAAAUCUUAAGUUUUCAUAGUCAUUGUGGUUUAUCAUAUCCCUCUUAUUUCUAUGAAAUUAUAAGCAAAUAUUUGUAUUUCAGGCUCUGAAAGAUUAGUUUUUUUUUUUCUUCUGUUAAAGCACUUGGGGCAGGGAAGAUAUAUCAUAUAUGAUGAUAUAAGAUUUAGAUAUAGCACAUCUGACUCUAUAUAAAUGCUCAUUUAACUCAAAAUUUCUGAAAUGAAAAAGCUUGAGAUA